CAACCGCCGAGCGUCGUGGCCCGAGCGCCCGUGUCCCUGAGUGUCCCAGCUCCCGGUUACCGGAGAGCCGGACAUUAGCGGAUUGCCCAAAGCCUUGGGAGGCCGGGCCGGGCCGGUGACCUUUCACCUAAAGGGAACGCUUCCGUCUCGGCGCCGCUUCCCCCGCCCCGGGGCUGCGCGCGUGGUGGGUGCAGGGCAGGGAGCUGCGGGGCGCAGGACCGGAGGGACCAUGUACCCCGGGGCUACGGGAUGACACCUCCUCCGGCUCAGGAUUCUGCUUGCAUGAGAGGACCAGCAUCCGCUGUGGCUGUUUCUCUGAGGGAAGGUGGCCUAGGGCUAUCUCAUGCACUGGGCACAUCAAAGCUUCCAGUAGCUCUUUUGUUAGGAGCACUGCCUGAGUUUCUGCAGACAACAUCUCAUGAUGUGCAGAUAUUGCCAGGCUGUCCCCUACCCCUGAGUUAAGCAGGUCAGCCAAAGCUGGAAAGGACAAGCAAAAGAGACUUGAAGUUAAAUCCGUUUAGGGCUUUUUUUUCCACCGCUUGGAAGUUGUUAGUGUGUCUUAGACUUCAAGGAAGGGGUUGUUCUUUGUUUUUAAAACAGUGUCUGCUUGUUUACCGGGUUGAGUAAUUGUCUCUAAACUUUACGUGUCUACUUUGGUAAAUUUGGAAAGAGAUUAUUGAUCUGUUCUAAUCAAACAGCAAACAUGAAAAAGGAAAUCGUUUGGGGAGGGUGUCUUGGGAGUUGUAGUUUGGUGGGACAGAAAUGCAAGUACAUUAGAGAAGAUUCCAGGAAGGGAAGAAAAAGUGGGAGUUUAUUGUGGACCAUUUAACAUUGAGAAAGAACAGAAAGCCUGGAUGACCUGCAGGAAGGAGCCAGGCUGGUGACACAUGCCUGUAAUCCCAGUACUCAGGAGGCUAAAGCAAAGCAGGAAAGGUCACCUGGAGUUCUUGUGGAGACUGGCUUGGAAAUCAUGUAUCCAAACCCCAGAAGAUGUAUAGAAGAUAAAGGAAAGGUCUUACGUCCUUUGUAUCAACAUGGCCAGUAACCUUUUGGUGUGCAUCUUGAACCUUUGGAUACAGUAUAUUUUGACCAUUCGAUCAUGGCGACCAUAGAAGAAAUUGCACAUCAAAUUAUCGACCAACAGAUGGGUGAGAUUGUUACAGAGCAGCAGACUGGACAGAAAAUCCAGAUCGUGACAGCACUUGACCACAGCACACAGGGCAAGCAGUUCAUUCUGGCAAACCACGAGGGAUCCACGCCAGGGAAAGUCUUCCUCACAACUCCAGACGCCGCAGGUGUCAACCAGUUGUUUUUUACCAGUCCUGAUCUGUCCGCACCGCACCUCCAGCUCUUAACAGAAAAGUCUCCUGACCAGGGACCAAAUAAGGUUUUUGAUCUUUGUGUCGUGUGUGGAGACAAAGCAUCAGGGCGUCAUUACGGAGCAAUAACUUGUGAAGGCUGCAAAGGAUUCUUUAAAAGAAGCAUCCGGAAAAACCUAGUCUAUUCCUGUCGAGGAUCCAAAGACUGCGUUAUCAAUAAGCACCACCGAAACCGCUGCCAGUACUGCAGGCUGCAGAGGUGCAUUGCCUUCGGGAUGAAGCAAGACUCUGUUCAGUGUGAAAGAAAACCCAUUGAAGUUUCCCGAGAAAAAUCUUCCAACUGUGCAGCUUCAACAGAAAAAAUCUACAUCCGCAAAGACCUCCGAAGCCCUCUAGCCGCAACGCCAACCUUUGUAACAGACAGCGAGACUGCCAGGUCAGCUGGACUGUUGGAUUCAGGAAUGUUUGUGAAUAUUCAUCCGUCUGGAAUAAAAACAGAGCCAGCUAUGCUAAUGGCACCAGAUAAGGCUGAAUCGUGUCAGGGAGACUUAAGCACAUUGGCCAGUGUGGUCACAUCAUUAGCGAAUCUCGGCAAAGCUAAAGACCUUUCUCACUGCGGUGGGGAUAUGCCUGUGGUGCAGAGCUUACGCAAUGGGGAUACAUCCUUCGGUGCUUUUCAUCAUGAUAUUCAGACCAAUGGGGAUGUUUCAAGGGCAUUUGACACUCUUGCAAAAGCACUGACUCCCGGCGAAAGCUCCGCCUGCCAGAGCCCAGAAGAGGGCAUGGAGGGAAGCCCGCAUCUAAUCGCUGGAGAGCCAAGCUUCGUGGAGAAGGAGGGGCCGCUGCUGAGCGAGUCGCACGUAGCUUUCAGGCUCACCAUGCCUUCUCCUAUGCCCGAGUACCUGAAUGUGCACUACAUUGGGGAGUCGGCCUCCAGACUGCUGUUCUUAUCGAUGCACUGGGCACUUUCCAUACCUUCUUUCCAGGCGCUAGGGCAGGAGAACAGCAUAUCACUGGUAAAAGCGUAUUGGAAUGAGCUUUUUACCCUUGGUCUUGCCCAGUGCUGGCAAGUGAUGAACGUGGCAACUAUAUUAGCAACGUUUGUCAACUGUCUUCACAGUAGCCUUCAGCAAGAUAAAAUGUCCCCGGAAAGGAGGAAGUCGUUGAUGGAGCACAUCUUCAAGCUACAGGAGUUCUGCAACAGCAUGGUUAAGCUCUGCAUCGAUGGGCAUGAGUACGCCUACCUCAAGGCCAUCGUCCUCUUCAGUCCCGAUCACCCAGGCCUGGAGAACAUGGAGCUAAUUGAGAGAUUUCAGGAAAAGGCUUAUGUGGAAUUCCAAGAUUAUAUCACCAGGACAUAUCCAGAUGACACCUACAGGCUGUCGCGAUUACUUCUCAGACUGCCCGCCUUGCGGCUGAUGAACGCUACCAUUACUGAGGAGUUGUUCUUCAAAGGUCUCAUUGGCAACGUACGGAUCGACAGUGUUAUCCCACACAUUUUAAAAAUGGAGCCUGCAGAUUACAACUCUCAAAUAAUUGGUCACAGCCUUUGAGAGCUGAGGUCACCCCGCUAUGAACUAAGUUUACUGUUCCUUCUCGGGACACAAGAAACCAAAUGGAGCUGUUGCUUCCAGGGAGUCUGCGAAUAGUAACUGUAAGAGUAACCAAAAUUGAAAGUAUUUUUCUUUUGGAUUCCUUAAGAAGAAAUCAAGCGACCAGGCAGGGGUCAGGAAAUAUACUACCCUGUCUGUCCUCUAGGGAUGAUUUAAAAAGGUACUGGGCUGCUCUUGGUGAGGAUGACACCUAAGACUGUCUCCUCCUGACCAUCUACACUAAGCUUUCUCAUUCUAUUUUAUAAAACAAAUAAACUAGUCUUUUCCCCCCUGAAUUGCGUUCUCUUCCUGUUUAAUUCCAUUGAGCCAGAACAUUAAUAAUUAAACACCUAAGCAGGGACUUCUUACAUCUUACUUAUCCAUAAUCAUUUUAGUUACCAGGUCAAAGGUUAUCUUAUGCUCACUUAUAUAAUGAUAAUAUCAGAGCUAUAGGAAGUAAGAAAUGAAUAUAUAUAUACAUAUAUAUAUAUAUAUGUAUAUGCUUUUAUAAACAUCAAGCAUAUAACACUCUCGUUGCUGGCAAUGAGACACAAGCCAUUUGUAUUUUCUUUCAUAGUGUAGUAGAUUAUUAGUUAUAAGCACUUUUAUUCAUUGCGGUAGAAAAUUAGUCUUGAGAAUAAGAUGGGGAUCCUGUUUUAAAUUUGGGGGUUUACUGUGUUUUAAACAUAGUACAGACUGCCCCCAGGAUGUAUUAGUAUUUUAGAAUGGAUACUAAAGUAGUUGCUUUUUUCAUUCCACAGAAAGCAUCUAUCCUCUUCUCAGACGGGGGUUCAGCUUUUUCACCCUGCCCUGGCCUUUAGCCGUUUUUAUUGGGUCCUUUUUAAAAAAACUCACCCAGUUUGCUAAGUAAUGCAAUUAUCAAAGCCAAUAUGGUUCCAAGGUGAGUUAAAUAAUUCAAGCAAUUGAUAAUUCAUAAAGGCAAAAGACUCUGCACUGAUUCUUUUCCCUGCAGAGCCGAGGAAGGCUGCUCUAACAACCUCAAGUUUCAUUAUUUGCUACAACCAAAGCAUUUUAGACUCCUCAGUCUUCCACACCAAUAUGACAGGCAUCAGUCGCUCUUUGUACUGAUUUUAUAAUGGAUUCCUUUAGUAAAUCUGUUCAUCUAUUUGUUGAUCUUCUCCCCCCAUCUCUCCUCUUCCCUUUCUUCUUUCUCCCUCUCCCUCUCUCCGUCCUUCUUUUCCACAUCUCUGUUUUGUUUUCUUGAGACAGGAUCUUGCUACCCAGCCCAAGCUGAACUCAAGUUUGCCGUUAUCUUCCUGCCUCCCACUCCCCGUUGCUGGGAUUAUAGACAUGCACCACACGCUGGUAUUUAUUUUUCAAACACAGAGAUUUUAUUGCAGUUAGAUUACAUUCUUUAUUAUUAAUAAAAAGUUUUGCUGAAUUUUUCUAUGGGGGGUGGUGGAUUUUACUACUAACAGUAGUAACAAAAAGUUUAAAAGUGUAGUCUUGCAAAUGUUACCAACUUACUAGGAGGGCUUUAUUUCCUGUUUCAUCCUGUCAACAGUUCUAUUUAUAAGAAGCUGCCAGGGAAUAGUGCAUAGAGCAUAAAAUGCUCACGCAGAAAGUCUCAGUAGGGCAUGUGUAACCUGCAUCCCAGCACAUCUGUAGAUGACGAUGUCAUAUCACAGUGUCAAAAUGUUGGCUCCUUUGAUACCUUUAUCAUCUCAAGAUAAUAAGCCAAGGAUUCACCAAAAAAAAAAAAGUGUCCUAAUGGUUAUUUCUUUGAGAUAUUUUUCCUGAUGAAAUUUGUAGUUACAUUGGGAAGUCUUUUUAAAACUGUAUUAAAAUGUGACUUGCAUUACAAA